AUGCAACAGAAAAUUGUGCGCGUAAGUGGAAUGGCUCGCGAUAAUUUGGAAUUUUAUACCCAAGGCAGUAAACGGUGGCUCAGUGGAUAUCAGGGAUUCCAACCGGCAUCUGUUCUUGGACAUGCUGCACAUUUCCUUGAGUCCGCAUCUCGAUUGCUUGACUGCACAUUUCGACACCCGAUACAACUUUGCGCAUCUGCAUCUUCUAUCCAUUGUUCUUAUAACGACAGGAGCUUACCACUUCAUUGCAUGCGAUGGCGUUCUGGUCGUGACAAUUUCGAACAGGUAGUAAAAUUGCUAGGAAAGAACGUCGCUCAAAUACAAGAAGAUAGUGGUUUUCUCUUUCCUCGUUUGGAACAAGUUUUGAUGUCCAUUUAUAAUUGGAUGAAAUCUGUGUAA